AUGGAGAGCUUGCCAGCUGAGCGAACGUCUCCCUCCCUUCCGGAGGGGGCGUUGUUGAUUCUCGCCGGGGGGGCCCUUGGCUUUGCUGCUGCGCACGCGCAUGCUUCUGCCGCUGCCGUGUGGCGGCUGGCGCGCCAAGCCUGCGGACUGUACACGGAGGAAGGCCCAAAGUCAUCUUCCCCCAGCAGCAAUAGCGGCGAUUGCGCAAGCGAAAACGACAACACCAGCAGCAGCAGCGGCACAGAGGCUAUAGGCUUCCAGCCGUUGUUUGUUGAUGCAGGAGCCAUGGUGCAGAAGCGGCGACCGUGCCUCCUGCGGCUGGCAGUAGAAGCGUCGGCUACAGCCGAGAAAGGGGCAGCAGCAGUUCGUGCAGAGGGCUGCUCGUUUCUGUGUCUUCUUUCGAGUCGCCAGAUACACAGGCAUGGGAGGCAACUGCUGCUGCCUUCCUGGGGGAUAGAGACUCAGAGACGCGUGGCUUCCUGUAGAGUGCUCCUGGUCGGCGCAGGGGGCCUGGGGUGUCCAAUUGCCCUCUAUCUCACGGGAGCUGGAAUAGGGCAUUUGACGAUUGUAGAUGGAGAUGUUAUAGAUGCCACAAAUCUGCACAGACAAGUAUUCUUCAAGGAGGCUGACGUGGGGAACAGCAAAAGCCUAGUCCUUGCGCGGGCCUGCCGAGCUUUAGAUUCGCAGGGUUCAGUUUCUGCAGUAGAGGCCUUUGUGAACUGCGAAGUCGCUGGCAGCCUUGUCCAGAAGCACGACAUUGUCAUUGACGCUACCGACAAUCGGGAGGCGAGGUAUCUGCUGAGCGAUGCAUGCGUCCUCGCUAAAAGGCCCCUCGUCUGUGGCAGCGCUAUCAAGAAGGAGGGGCAGGUGGCCGUGUACAACUGGCGGGGGGGCCCCUGCUACAGGUGCCUCUUCCCCCCGCAAGUGGGCAGUGCCGGGGAGUCUAUAGGGGGGGCACCAACUACCAAAGACGAAGGAGCAUGCGACACCCACGGGGUGCUGGGCCCCGUUCCGGGCCUUAUUGGCCUUAUGCAGGCUCUCGCCGCACUGGACAUUGCAGCGUCUCCUGCCCUCGAACAGGGUGCUGGGACAGACACCGGAGCCCUUCAUGCCUCCCGCAUGUACACCUAUGACGGGGAUGACGCACAGAAGCCGUGGCGAUCUUUUGCCAUCCGUGGAAGGCAGAAGACAUGCAUUGGUAAGGCCUCCACGGGGCCUCAUUGCAGAGAGACAGUGUUUGCGCCUCAUUCUUGUGCUGGGAUGUUCGCCGCAGCGUGUGGCAGCAGUCCUACGAUUACUGCCUUAAAGCCGCGUCCAGAGUACACCGCUGUUUGCUGGUACCCUCCAGUGCCCCCGUCGCGCCGUAUGCAGGCUCACGACUUCGCCUCGCGGUUGGCGCUGUGGGAAAGAGUCUGGCAGCUCCCUCCACUGUCAUUUGCUGCAACGUUGCUUCGGCAGGCAGCGGCAGCUGCACAAGCUCACAUGAUGGUGCUGAUCGAUGUGCGGCCCCGUACUCAGUUUGUAGUUGCACACCUUCCAUACUCUUUGUCUUGGCCUCUAGACGACCUCCUUAGCUACGUUCAGUGGAGGCAGCAGCUGACUGCAGAGACAAGGGCCCCCUUCUCCUCUCUCUCCUUCGUGUUCAUCUGCCGGAGAGGUAGGGACUCUGCGAUAGCCACAGAGGCCGUGCAUGGUUUGCUUGUGGGUACGAAGGAUCCCCCUGAAGGGCAUCCACCGAGCACUUCCCCCUUCAAAAUUAGCGAUCGUGUGAACGCGCUGAAUCUGCAUGGAGGCUUAGAGGCCCUCGUAAAGGAGGGUCUUAUUCGAAUGCCCGUUCCCUAG